UAAUGGAAGUGCCCUGGAUCAGGAUUACGGUGUCCUGGCUUCCAGGCCUGCCCUUUUUCUCUCACUUGUUUUUUGACAAGGAAUCCGAUUCCGAAUUCACGUUAGAUCUCUGGUGGCUGUGAGACGUUUAUCCAGUCACUACUCUUUCUUAGCCAGUUUCUGUAUCGCUUAUAUAGGUAAACUAGUACCUACUUCAUAGGACCACGUUUUACGAUAUCUAUUCGAAGAGGAUAUUGCUGUUUCCAUUCCCAGUAACAAUACUGCCAAGAUCUCCACUUAAGGCAGCAGAAAUUUUUGACUGUGGAACAUUGGACAAGAGCAUUGCCAUUGGCUGGACAACAUGGAGAAGCAGAAUGUUUGUAUUGUUACACCUUAGAAUUCAAACUUCAGAAGACAUUGGGUUAAGCAGUAGCAUUUACGCUGCUCAUGAUUAUGUCUUCGCCUGUCCUCUGUGAUCAUCACAAAGUAAUGAGAUACCUUUUAGGUCUUAUAUAUUGAGGUUGCACUGUUAUCCAGAUGCUGUGGCAGCUGAUACAGGGCCUGUGAAAAAUGGAACCAAACUCUCUGAGGACUAAAGUUCCAGCUUUCUUGUCUGAUCUGGGGAAGGCCACAUUGAGGGGGAUCAGAAAGUGUCCCAGAUGUGGCACAUACAAUGGAACCCGGGGACUGAGCUGUAAGAACAAGACAUGUGGAACCAUAUUCCGCUAUGGUGCACGGAAGCAGCCUAGUGUUGAAGCUGUCAAAAUCAUCACAGGCUCUGAACUGCAGGUCUACUCAGUGAGGCAGAGAGACCGGGGCCCCGAUUACCGAUGCUUUGUGGAGCUAGGUGUUUCAGAGACAACAAUCCAGACGGUGGAUGGGACAAUCAUUACUCAGCUGAGCUCCGGACGGUGUUAUGUGCCCUCAUGCCUGAAAGCAGCAACCCAGGGCGUUGUGGAAAACCAGUGCCAGCACAUCAAGCUGGCUGUGAACUGCCAGGCAGAGGCUACCCCUCUCACCUUAAAGAGCUCAGUCCUGAAUGCAAUGCAGGCCUCCCCUGAGACUAAACAAACCAUCUGGCAAUUGGCCACAGAACCCACAGGUCCCCUGGUACAGAGGAUCACUAAAAACAUUUUGGUGGUGAAAUGCAAGGCAAGCCAGAAGCAUAGUUUGGGAUAUUUGCAUACAUCAUUUGUGCAGAAAAUCAGUGCCAAAAGUUUGCCUGAGCGCCGUUUCUUCUGCUCCUGUCAGACUCUGAAAUCGCACAAGUCGAACGCCUCCAAUGAUGAGGCUGUCCAGAGAUGCAUUCAUUUCUUUGCCUGUAUCUGUGCCUUUGCCAGUGACGAGACAUUGGCUCAGGAAUUCUCAGACUUCCUAAAUUUUGAUUCCAGCGGUCUUAAAGAGAUUAUUGUGCCCCAGUUAGGCUGUCAUUCAGAAUCAACAGUAUCAGCUUGUGAAUCUACUGCCUCUAAGCCAAAGAAGAGGAAAAAGGAUGAAGUAUCUGGUGCACAGAUGAACAGUUCACUAUUGCCUCAAGAUGCAGUGAGCAGUAAUCUAAGGAAAAGUGGCCUAAAAAAGCCAGUGGUUGCUUCUUCACUAAAAAGGCAGGCCUGUGGUCAGCUGUUAGAUGAGGCACAAGUGACCUUAUCCUUCCAAGACUGGCUGGCCAGUGUCACAGAACGUAUACAUCAAACUAUGCACUAUCAGUUUGAUGGCAAACCAGAGCCACUGGUGUUCCACAUUCCACAGUCCUUUUUUGAUGCCCUGCAACAAAGGAUAUCUAUAGGAAGUGCAAAAAAACGGCUCCCCAAUUCUACCACAGCUUUUGUUCGUAAGGAUGCCUUGCCCUUGGGAACCUUUUCCAAGUAUACCUGGCAUAUCACUAAUAUCUUGCAAGUUAAACAAAUUUUAGAUACUCCAGAGAUGCCCUUGGAAAUCACCCGGAGUUUCAUCCAGAACCGGGAUGGGACUUACGAACUGUUUAAAUGCCCUAAAGUGGAAGUAGAGAGCAUAGCAGAAACCUAUGGUCGUAUAGAAAAACAACCAGUGCUUCGACCCUUGGAACUCAAAACUUUUCUCAAAGUUGGCAACACUUCCCCUGAUCAAAAGGAACCAACACCUUUCAUCAUUGAAUGGAUCCCAGAUAUCCUUCCCCAGUCCAAGAUCGGUGAGCUGCGGAUCAAGUUUGAAUAUGGUCACCACCGGAAUGGCCAUGUGGCGGAGUACCAAGACCAGCGGCCCCCCCUGGACCAGUCCUUGGAACUGGCCCCUCUGACCACCAUCACUUUCCCUUGAGGCAAAAUAAGUCUUUUGCUGCUAAAUUUGCACAUCCCCUCCCCUUGACAACUUUAAAUACCAGUUAGGUACUAGAACUACCUGUUUAUUAGAGAACUGCUCUUAGAUAAGAUAAAAUUUCUCGUAUGUUCACAUGGAUUCUGUUGAAGUAACACUCUUCUUGUAAAUAGCCUUUUUGGUGCUGCUAUGUAUAGUCUUCAUUAUAAAUUUGGUGAUAUUUCUGGCUAGAGUUUUUAAAGGAACAGAGAAAACCACUUCACUUUCCUCCUUUAAGAGCUCCCCUUUAGAGUUUGUUUUAACCCUUUUCUAAUUCUGUAAACAAGUUAGCAGCAGUCUGCCCUACACCAGUAGUGUUGGAAAGUUAACAAUCUGGUUAGGGGACAAUGUUAAGAACCAUCUGGGCAAAGUUAAACUCAAAUGCUAUUCUCAAUGCACAGUGUCCCUAGUUUUUCC